CAGACGCAGACAGGCUGAACCUGGCAUGGGAGAGAGGAUGGGAAAACGCAGAAGGCCCAGGAAAGACGUGUAAUUGCCUGUCACUUACCUGCGUCAGUAUGUUCAGCGCCUGUGUAACCCGGUUUAGCUCUUGCAACAAUGUCGCGGUUCUCUCCCGCCAGCAUACUUAACCCAGCAGAGCCGGUGUAUCCGAUCGACACUUUCCUGCAGAACGUUCAAAUCCUUCUGAUGGCCGCCAGUCACAUAGAGAGGACCGAGCAGACAAACAAGAAAGCUGAGCACGGAUAUGCAUCGUCGUUACCCUGCGAUGCCGAGACGACCAGGAGGAAAAUGAAAACCAAAAAGAAUUCGAGCAAUAGAUCUACACACAAUGAAUUAGAAAAGAACCGUCGAGCACACCUUCGUCUCUGCUUGGAAAGAUUGAAGGAACUUAUACCACUGGGAUCAGAGUGUACCAGGCACACUACUCUUGGUUUACUCAAUAAAGCCAAAGCACAUAUUAAGAAACUUGAAGAGCUGGAUAGAAAAUCAAUGUACCAGAUUGAGCACCUGGAAAGAGAGCAUCGCUUUUUAAAGAGGAGACUGGAACAGCUACAGGGUCUGCCAGAGAAUGAACGAAUACGAAUGGAUAGUGUAGGAUCCAAUGUCUUCUCUGAUCGUUCAGAUUCAGAACGAGAAGAGAUUGAAGUGGAUGUUGAGAGCACAGAAUUCUCCCAUGGAGAUGUGGACAAUAUUAGCACUUCCAGCAUCAGCGACCUUGAUGACCACAGCAGCCUCCAAAGUGUUGGUAGUGAUGAAGGUUACUCUAGCUGCAGUAUAAAGCUGUCCUCGUCCAUUUAGAAGAAAGACCCUGAAGCUACCUGCAAAUACGCCUGAGGGAUCACAAUAUGACAAGCUACUUCAGCUUUGGACUUUUGUGAGGAAAUAAAAUAGGUUAAGGACAUGUGCUUGUACUACAAUACUCAUGCACGAGGCACUCACCUAGUACUGAGAUAAAUUACAUUGUUUUGAAGAAAGAAAUAGCACAUAGUGCAUAGGAUUGUGGGUACAAAGCGUGACCACUAUUCAGAUGGUUUCUUUGUGUAUUCGCAGAUAAUCCAUUAGUGUCAAUUCAGUUGGAAAAUACAAGCCUUUUUUUAAAAAAAAAAUGCACUUUUAAGGUGAAGGGCAUCUUGAUGUGUAGCCCAGAGUUCCAAUAUAAUUUGAACAAUGUCAGAAAGCUUGUGGCUUUCUGAUGGAUUGUUUUUGACCUGCACUUGGAGGUCUUCAUUUCCUUUACAAAAACCACAGAUUUUACCUCUGUGGAGACCUCGGCAUUCAGAUUGUUUAAAAGUCAGUUUACUGUAAGAAAAAAAUUUAACUACCCCAAAUAGAGAUUGAAGAACACUUUACCAAAUUGGUAAUUUAUGGCUGAUUUUAUUUGGUGUGAAAAAAAAAUUAAGUGUAUCUUGCUCCCUUUGAUUCUCCAAGUUUUAUGAAAUUAAAUCUUAGGGACUUCUUUCUCCUUUUUUAUUUUUUUUUGUGCUGAUGUUGUGCCUUCUAAGUGUGCAUUGUGUUGUCAUGAAGUUAGUGUCUCUGUUAUCUAUUUGUCCCUGCAUGUAUUCAGAGCGGCUUAAAAAUAGUUCAAUCUUAAUCUUAUUUCCUCUGCUUCCCUUCAGCCUUCGUUCCAUAUUAGAAUGGCCUGAUUACUGUAAAGAUAACCUGACCUCCCCAGCCCCUUCAGAAGCAGCAAUUUUGAAUCCCCCAUACCAAUAAAGUUAAUAAAUUAGCUUUGCAAGAAUAGAAACCUAUAAGCUUUAGUAUCUGUUUUAGCUUUUGGUAUAUGUGCACACUGCAGUACAGUUAAUGGUAUUUUUAUAGAGAGAAGAGAAAGAUUUUUAUUGUUGCUAUGGUCAAAUCCAGUGUUGGUGUUAACUACAGAAGCAUUAGCAGUAGAUUCAGGACUACGGCAUGCAUAUAUAGAGAUGUGUGUUAAACUAAAAUUUAAAAACCACUAGGGACUAUUAGGCGGAAGGCUUGUCUGUAUUUGAAUUGAACUUUUGCCUGUAGCUGAGCUUUAGUAUUUUUAUUCAGAAAUAUUUCAACUUUAGUUUUCAAAAUAAUUCAUUUUCAUUUGAAGCAUCCUAGCUGUUUUAUUUUGUACAAGUGUUGAUUUUAUCUCUUUGAGAUGUCCUUCUCCUGAAAGUCCAUCACUGCUCUAUAGCCUGCUGGAUAAAGUGCAUAUCAGGAAAUUGCAGUUAAAUUGCACAAUGUUUUAACCAUUAAAAUUUGACAAAAUGUCAUGGGGAGUUCACCUGUGAUUUGCCAAAUAUGUGCUGUUGAUGAGUGAAGGUUCAGAUCUUGAAACAUACAUUUCUAAAAUCAACCAGUAAACGUUUUGGGAAAUUUUAACUUCUCAAAAGUAGACUUUUGUGUUUCAGUUGAUCAAAAAAGCACUUCCAUAUAAUCAAUUUUACACUGCAAUUAUUCAAUUUUUCAGUCAAGGACCAUAUGUAGGUCAUUGCAAUGAGUGUAGCUAAGAUAAUUGGAAGAGCUAAUAUGAACAUUUGUCUGUUGUGAGCUUCAACAUGAUUCCCAAUUCCAAAUUUAUGUAACAAACCAAUUAUAUUUUUCCUCAUUUGCCUAUUUAACAUAAACUUUAGAAUCUUAAAAUUAGUACCUUAAGUAAUUCUGGUCACAUUAUAUUUGUUUGCCUUUUUUAUAGGUCCAAUUUUGACUGGGCUUGUAAGAAUAUUUACAAAACAAAGGCGAAAUGCAUCAAUUAAUACUAAAGGCAUGUAUUUAUUGUAUGUGGUUUCCAUUGAGUUCUAAACUAAAGCCAUGACAAGCCAAGAAUUUUCUUAUUUGAGGAAAAUGAAAAUUUGCUGUUUUCAUGUAACUUAAAAACAUUUAAAACAGGAAGAAUUUAAUUCUGGUGCUAUUCAGUGAUAGCUAUUUGGGGCACAAUAAUUGCAUCAUUUGAAAUUGCUAUUUGGCAAUGUAUACUUACUAUAUUUACCAGCCUUGUUUGGUUUAGUUACCAAGCUCAUAUGGACAAUGCACAAAUUUGGCAGCUCUGCAAUAUAUUUCAUAGCUUGUUCACUUUUUAUUUCUGCUUUGCCUCUUUUCUGAGAAGUGAGCAGAACAUGAAUGUAAAACAAGAGGCAGCUUUUUCCAAGACACUCAGCUACAAAAUCCUGUGACUAAUUGAAUGUGCUGAAUGACCAAUUCUAGAGUAACACUUAAUAUUCACCAGCAACUUCCACACGUUUACACCAUGACAAAUGCCUGAUUCUGAUGACAUUUAUGACCAAGUCUUUUAAAAUUGUAUGCUUCUUUAAAAUAUCAUGGUCAUCUUAAAGUAAAUCUAGAAAUACCUGCUGAUCACCCAAGUUGUGCAGUACCAUGGUCUUAUUAGAAGGUAAUCUAGCCAGGACUGGAAGAUUCACUUUGCUCAACAUUCAAAGCCAGAACUCUAGUAAUACAAUCAGUAAUACUGCAGUAGCUCUGAGUUUUGUCAAGAACCACUUUCAAUACAACAAGUUACAUUCUAAUAAUAUGUAUAUUCCAGUCUCUCAGUAGACCACCUAACCAGGUUGAGUUACUGCACACACUCAAACAACUGUUGCAAUGAAGUCAUGGGUUAACAGGUAUUUUAUGUAAGUAGACACAAGAUUGACAGGAAUACAGGCAAUAUGGGAUUCUCUCAGAAAUUAGAGUUGUUCAAAAAAAGAUAAACACUCAUAUAGAGAACACAAAAUCUUAAUGGAAGGCACAAUAAUACUAAAAAAGCCUUGUAUUUCAACAAGCAUAAUCUGGAUAGUAUUUAGCAUUGACACUGUUGAAGUUUGAUUACAAAGUGUAAAGAAGUAUGAUGCCUUUCCCCUUCCUUAAAGCAGUAAAGCCAGAAAUAAUUAGGUGGCAACAAUCAGUGAUCUUUGUGUGUGGUUUUUAACUUCUACAAUGGAUUAGAUUGAUUGAUUUAAAAGAACUAAACUGGAAAGGAAACUGCUAGUUGGUUAAUAGUUACAACUGGAGUUCAGUAUUCACAAUUGAUAACAUGAUCUUCAUACUUAUUACUGAAUACUUUAUAAUGAAUUUUACUUUGGUUAUUUUGGAAUGACCUUUCUGUCACAUCAGUCACAGAAUUGUAUAUUAAAAUAGUAUUGCUAGUUUGACAGCAGGCUUUCAAUUGUUGGCCUAUGUAGACCCAUGCAAUUAUCAAACUGAUUACUGUGCCUGGUUAAAUUAAAAAAAAAUAAAACCAUUUCUACUCACUGAAAAUAGGUCAGUCCUUGCCAAGUAUGAGUACAUUUAUUAUACUCUUGUCACAGGUAUGUUGGUUGUACUGCUAAUUAAUAUUACACAAAUGGUGUAUUUUCAGGGCAGAUGUGCAUGACCUUCCCAUUCCUAUGUCAUUAAAAAGUACCUCAGAGUUGACAUUUCUCUCCUUCCUUUCAGGACAACACUGCACUUGUAAACUUUUAUCAAUUUCUGCCAGCUGUCAAAUUACACAACUGGAGAUAUCUUUACACAGUGGUAUUCACAGAAGAUGCUUUAGUGUCAUUUUCCUUAACACAAUUUUUUCUCUCCUACAAAAUACCUUCCAAUUUUUACUGUAGAAAAGGACUAUUUUUUUCAGAGAUUGAAACAAAAAGCUUAAAGUUUUAAUAAAGAUUCACCCUUUUCUUGUUCUUUAAAGUCAGAAAGCCCUACAUUGAGAAAUGGUCUCAAAUUUAACUUGUGGGGGCAGGGGAAGUAAGUUAAACUGGCAAAAACACAGAUCCAUAGUAGUCUUAUUCAGUAUUAGGGGCAAGAUUAGAUGCAUUGUCCCAAUGGCUGACACCUAUGCUGCAUCUUCCUGAAGGAACUCAAUCUCUCAUUCAGUCCACAUUAGUGAGGUAUGUGGCUCUCUUUAAUUAUCUAAUGAUGUUAUACAGAGUACCUCAGUGCUCUUUAUUAACUGUCCUUUCCAUGUAAAAAUCUAGUUGAUUAUAAUGAUAAGUAACUGGUAGCAUAUGAUCACCAACUUACUGGUGUUUCUAACACAUUCACUAGAAGAAAUGCAUUUGGAAUGUCCAGAGGUUGCAAGAGAAUAUAGGUGCAGGAUUCAACUCCCUUGUUCAGUCAGUAUAAACAAUUUUGCAUUCUCAAUUCUGAGGGGAUAAAAUCAGUAGAAAAUAUCUAAAAUAACAUUGGUAGGGCCAUUUUAUAAUUGAUAAAAAAGGCAAAAUGGUACAUAUGAUUAAAAACAUGAGAAUUCUUAAAGUUAAACAGUUCUGAUCCUCAAAUUGAUCAGUCUGUCAUGAAUCUAACCUGACCAAGCAAUUUAAAUCUUGAAUUUUCACAUAGGCCACUUACAAAUGAAAUUGGGCAAGACAUGAAAUGCAAGUUACUCAGCCAAACCAAUCUCAGCUCCUUAGGACAGGCUUGGUAAAAUUGAAUCAAUUUUAACAACUCAAUUUUCAUUGGUUAUUUAUAAGUAGGUAGGUGAAGUCAAAUAGGACAACAAGAUAUGUGGAAGCUAUGGAGAUUUAAAUACCAAGUACAACAAAUUAUUUUUAAAAUACCCAUACAUUUAAAGUCACUGCAGAAUUUUUAUGUUAACCGAUAUUUCUGUCUCCUCUUUGAAUAACUACAAUGAUCAAAAUAUACUUACUGUGGUCACUGUUACUCAACUGAGCAAAAAUCCAUUAGUUCUUUCUUUAGUUUCCCUAUAAAAAUCAUUGGACACGUGAUACCAUUUCUGCACCUGUUUCAACAAUUGUAGCUCCUUCAUAAGUAUUCAAACUGGCUCAAUCAAAUAAAGAACAAUCUGACACUUUAUAUUUUGAUACAGUAUACAGCUCUUGGUGAUAUCUCCCACUUUCCUACUCAUUAAUUAAGUGACAUAUUCCUGUUAGCACAAAACCUGUAUUUGUGACCUUAACUAAUACUGUAAUGAGGGUAACAUUACAGCAGGUUCAGUUAACUGUAAACUGAUUUUCAGAAACGUCCUUUCCCCACACCUUUAGACUCGUCUUCAGAAUUUGCCUCAGUUUUGUUAAAUAUUUGUAAUUAGGAAGCAUCUUGGAGCAUGCAUUUGUCAUUGAUCUAACUCUUAAGCUUUAUGGUUUCCACAAUCUAGAAUGCAGGAUUUUUCAUCUUAAAGUGGUUGUAACAUUCAUCUAUUUCAUAGAGAUUAAUUUGUGAACUUGUAUAAUUUGGCUUUUAUUUCAGAAAGAUGAAAAAAGUAUUAAAUAAUCAAAUAUACCUCAGGUCAUUGGUCUUUAACCCCACUUAUAUUAAUAUUUUACAUUAAAUCUCACCUUUUUCUUCAAAUUAGAUGAAUGCUUUGGCUUUUAUCUCAGGAGGGAAUUGCUGUUUUCAUAGAAUAUACCCAAAAUCAGCAGCACCUGCACCCCAUUCUCUUCUGCAUUUAAAUUAUCUAGAUAUGCCUUCACUGCUUUAUUUUCCCCUGCAUUAGCAACUGGCCAUGGUUGAUUCCAAAACCCAGCAUCAUGACAUAUAAAUCAAAAACUCACUCAACACCCUCCCACAUCUGUUGGUAAAUGGAGGAAGGGGUGCUCAAAUUUAGAUUUCAGCAUGUCAGCAGCUAUGUUCAUGGACAGUAACAGGAUUUGUUUUCAAAUCACUUGAAAUGAGCAGUAUUAAAAAACUGCAAUAUUCAUUGUGAUAGAAACCAAAAUAGCACUGUUGUUAUAGUGUAGGUGCUAUUUAUAAUCAAUGUAUAUUGGUUUAACAGUUAAUUAUUGGCAUUCAUUUAUAGCCUAAAUCACAUGCUGCAAAGUGUACAAAAACAAGGCUUGAAGCAAGUCUCAAGUAGAAAGCUGUGCAAGGGAAAAUAGGAUAUUGUUUUAAGGCAGGCUGUCCAUUUACAGUCUGAAUACAUAACUUGUAAAAAAAAAGUUCCUGCUGGUUGAAACAAAUAGCACACUUGUUCCCUAAGCUUACUCCAGUUUUAAAAGUUACUUAUUUUUGUUUGUAGAGAAACCUCUUAUGUACCUCUUGUAUAAAGCAUAAAAUAAAACUUCAUUUUGUGAAA